AUGUUUGUCUACCUGAGCAAAAAGAUAGCCAUUCCCAACAACAAUAAGGUUCGGGGUCUGGCGUGGAGUCGCGAUCACGGGUUCAUCGCCUGCGGCGGAGACGACGGUCUCCUAAAAGUCCUUAAACUAGAGUCGGGCGGCGGCGACACCUCCGACGCCAGAGUUGGCAAAGGGUUGGCCGCGUCGAAGAACCUCUCGAUGAACCAGACACUGGAGGGCCACUCGGGAACCGUUGAGAACAUGUGUUGGAACGAACCCUUCCAGAAGCUGACGUCCAGCGACCAGAACGGACUGAUCAUCGUAUGGAUGCUGUAUAAGGGCUCGUGGUAUGAGGAGAUGGUUAACAACCGCAACAAGUCGGUGGUCCGGGGUAUGGCCUGGACUGUGGACGGCCACAAGAUAUGCAUCGUCUACGAAGACGGCGCUGUGAUCGUAGGCUCCGUCGAUGGGAACCGUUUGUGGGGCAAAGAGCUGAAGGGCCAGCGAUUGUCGCGCGUCGAGUGGUCGCCGGACGGACGGCUCAUACUGUUCGGCGUUAUGGAGGCCGAGGUCCACGUGUACGACCAAAACGGCAACUUCUUGACCAAAGUGCCCCUACAGGCCAUUCAGGGCAUAUACAGCCGGAGCGCCGCCUACGGCACGUCCGCCCAAGUGAUUGGCAUUAAAUGGUUCAACGGCUCGACCCAAGCGAAGGCCAGGGAGUCGUCCCAAGCGUUGGCCAUCGCCUUCGAGACCGGGAGAGUACAGCUCAUGAGACACGAGAGCGACGACAACCCCGUCGUGUUUGACGCCGACAUCCGAGUGUCCAGUAUUUGCUGGAAUACGACGGGAACGGUGCUGUCGGUGACGGGAUGUGCAGAUACGGAGGGCGACAAUCGACGCAAUUUCGUCAAGUUUUACGACCAGAGCGGCCGACUCGUGCAGACGCUACGAGUGCCGGGACGGGAGGUCUACGCGAGUUCGUGGGAAAGGGAGGGCUUAAGGAUAGCCCUCGCCGUCGACUCGUAUAUAUUCUUCGCGAACAUACGGCCCGACUAUAACUGGUGUUACUUCGCGUCGACCGUUGUCUACGCGGUGGCCAACACCGGCGCCCCGACCGGUGACGACUACCAGUCCCAGAGUGGCGGAGGACAGGUCGAUACCAUUGUCUUCUGGCACAUCCCCUCCGAGACUAAGUACGUGAAGAGUGUCCGCAAUCUGCUGCGUAUGGCAUCCCAUGCCCUCCAGUGCGUGAUCGCCACCAAAUACGACGAGCCCUCCGGGGGUUCCAAGAAACGCGACUCCAGUUCCCUAAUCGUGUGUAACGCCAUCGGAACGCCGGUUGACACGCAGGUCGUCGAGAUGGCCGUCGAGCACCUGGCGAUGAACGCCACGCGAGUGAUCGCCGCCUCCCGGGACUCCAUCUGUUUGUGGCGUUUCAACGCCCCCUCAGCCGCCGCGUCGGCACCCAAAGGGAUCGCCGCCCAACGCAUGACGUACUCGCAGAUGGGGCUCACCAUCGAUGGUCUGGACAUUGACUCGGAUGAGACCAUACGGACGACAUUCGUCUCGCAUAACGACCCAAUCGUAUGCAUCGUGUGCUCCGAUAAGGACCUGAUUGUGGCUCAAGAGUCGCGCACUUUUCAGCACUAUUUGCUGCCAAACCUGACCCUCAUCUCCAAGUUUGACACCAAUUGCGUCGCCUCUAAAAUGUCACUCAAUCGGGACUCAAGCAAACUGUCGGCCAUCGACUCGAUCGGCACGCUAUCCGUCUACGACUUGGAGGCAACCGGCCAUCAGAGCGGGUCCGGCGCCGACACCACCGCCGGAAAGCUGGUUGGCUUCGAGAGGCACGACGUGUGGGACAUGAAGUGGUCGGCCGAUGACAGCGACGCCAUCGCUGUCACCGAAAAGACCAAACUCUUCGUAUUCAACACCAAAAGCCUGGAGUCAGAGGGUGAGCCGUUCGUGUCGAGCGGACACAUCUGCGCCUUCGAAGACCUCACACUCCGGACAGUACUUCUGGACGAGUUGGUGGCCGACUCGCGGCAAUCGGACGACCCGGUGCUCACGAUCGGCGCCUAUGUUGUUGACUGCGAGACCAAAUGGCUGUCCGACGCGCGCCGACUGCUUGAGUCGGGCGUCGAGUUGAGCGAAGCGGUCGCUCUCGCGGAACAGCUGUCGCACCCGAGACUGUGGCGCCUCAUACGGGACACUGCGCUCCAGGCGCUCGACCUGAACGUGGCUGAGCUCGCGAUGGUUAAGAGCCGCGACUAUAAAGGCAUUCAAUUCGUGAAACGUGUCAAACAGUUGCCGAACGACUCGCUGAAGAGGGCGGAGAUCCUGUGCUUCGACGGCCAGUUCGACGCCGCGGAGCGCCUAUACUUAGAGGUUGACCGCAAAGACCUGGCCGUCGAUAUGCGCCAAACGCUGGGUCAGUAUCAGCGAGUGCUGGAACUGUUGCGCAACGACUUCGGCACCAGCGAUGACCACCAGAUGCGCGACGCCUUGUGCUCAUUGGGCGACCAGUUGGCCGACGAUCACAACUGGGAUGAGGCGGUCGUCCACUACGAGCGGUCCGGCGCUUACGACCGCCUCUUUGAGUGCUAUUGUCUGCUCGAGAACUACGACGGCCUCAAGAAGUUGGUCCACAACUUACCGGACAAUCACCCGAUUCUGGCGGAGUUCGGCCGUACGUUUGAGUCGGUCGGCAUGUGUCGGGAGGCGGUGGACGCCUACAGGAGGGCCCGUAAGGUAGACCUGGCUAUCGCCUGUUGCGUCACAAUGUCUGAGUGGAAAGUAGGCAUCGAUUUGGCUCAUGAGUACGACGUGCCGGACAUCGACUCUCUGUUAUCCAAAUACGCGGAACACUUACUCCAGAAGCGGAAGCACUUGGAUGUCGUCGAACUGUACCGGAAGGCCAACAAGAUAUCGGACGCGUCGGCGAUGUUAUUGAAAGUGAUCGCAGACUACAAGAAGGAUAGGAAAGCGGAUCCCAUUCUCCUCAAGAAGUUAUACACAUUAGUGGGUCUUCUGCACGAAGAGAGCCGUCGGUCGCCGAACCGUCCGAACCGGAAGUCGACGGCUCUUAACGCCCUCUUAAGCGACGACUCGUUUUCGUUUGAAAACACAAAUUACAUGGUUUUGGACGACCCGUGGAAGGGUGCUGAAGCGUAUCACUUCCUGAUACUAUGUCAGCGCCAACUAUACGACGGGUACUUCGACUCAGCCAUGAAAACGGCGCUCCAUUUGCGAGACUACGAGGACUUCAUCGACUCGGAGGAGAUCUACUGUCUGUUAGGUGUGUCCAGUUGUGCCAACAAAGCCUUCUCUAUCGGCUCCAAAGCCUUCAUUAAACUCGAGUCGAGUGACGCGAUCGCAGAGGAGCGGCGCCUACAGUACGAGGAACUGGCGAUCGCUAUAUUCACGCGAAACCCGCCCAAAGACACGAGGAAUUGGCCGAAAAGCGAGUGCACGUCAUGUGAGACAAUGAUCUCGGAUUGGCUGACAGUGUGUCCGAGUUGUCACAUGAAGUUCCCGAUAUGUGUGGCCAGCGGUCGACCCAUUCAGGACUCGUCCAAACAGUGGACGUGCGACCGGUGCGCACAUCACGCAUACAAAGCAGAUUUGACUCUGAUCGCCUUCUUCUCCAACUUCUGCACCUCUUUCGCCGAUUCCGUCCAAUGA